GUGAACAUCCUCAAGCCUAAAGGAACAAGAAACGUGCUGGCAAAUCUCCAGAGGUAUAGAACAGAGCACACUUAGUGUUAAGUACAGUAAUUGGCCAUAUUAAACUUCCAUUGGACGGUUGACGGGAUGCCUGGAGGAGACGUUGUCUACACAGUGCUGGCGGUGCUGAUCGCUGUUGCCUGCUGUCUGGGAAAUGUCCUGGUGAUCUGGGCAGUGUGGUCGAGCAGCAACCUCCGGCAGCCCACCUUCUGUUUUUUGGUCUCUCUGGCUGCAGCUGACUUCCUUGUAGGUUCUGUGGCUGUGCCGCUGGCUGUGCUGGUGGAUGGACGGGUGUGCACCUCGUUCAAUGUAUGUCUCUUCAUAAGCUGUGUGGUCAUCAUGUUGACAAUGUCUUCGGUCAUGUCUCUGCUAGCCAUCUCUGUGGACAGAUUCCUACGCGUCUUCAUCCCUCUCAGGUACAAGAGGACAGUAACAGAGAGGAGAUCUUGGGUGGUGGUGGCAAUAUGUUGGUUUGUUGCCUUCAUGUUGAGCUUCCCACCCAUGCUUGGGUGGUACAACCAUGACACCUUGUCUCACUCAGGGAACUCAACCACCAUCAUCUGCCGUUUCCUGGCUGUGAUUCCCAUGUCAUACCUGGUUUACUUUGCAUUCCUCCUCUGCACCCUCACUCCGUUGCUUGUCACGGCUGUCCUAUACUGCUACAUCUUCUGUAGCAUCCAGAAGAACACGAGAGAGAAGGUGGGGAGCGGUGCCCAGUCCCAUACCUACUUCAGGAAGGAGAGGAGCCUGGCCCGAUCCCUGACUCUUGUCCUGGUGCUCUUCACCAUUUGCUGGCUCCCUCUGGACAUCAUGAACUGUGUUGCCUACUUUGGUAACCCAUCAGACAUACCCCAACAGGCCUUCUAUGUGGGCAUCCUCCUCUCCCAUGGCAAUUCAGCUGUCAACCCGAUCGUUUAUGCCUUCAGGAUCCGCAAGAUCCAGAAAGCGUACCUGAGGAUCUGGAGGAAUGUCUUUGUGUGUCGAGGUGACAGGCAGGGCUCUUAGAGCAACCACACCACUGAAAAAAAUAUUAGCAGCAACCCUGACAGUGCGACCAGAAAUACUGAUGCAGAUGCUAUCAGUGUUGUGAAAAUCGGCACAGUUGAAGGUGCAGAAUGUUAAUAGUGUAGGAAGACAACAAAAAUGAUUGUCGUUUAGCUUUUUAUCUUUGGCAAAGUGCAUCAAGACCUAAGAACCUGAAUAAAAAGGGAAAACUACUGCCAGGGUGUUACAUUUCACAUUUGUUGAAUAAAACUGAGGGUUAAUAAAUACACAGAGAAGGUUGCAAAGAUGUCAAGUAAAAGGGCCAUUUUUUGGUUUCAUUUUACUCAUCGAUUUCCUGUUUAAAGACUCUCCUUUCUUGAAUGUACUGAAUUUUAAAUGUUUUUGUUCAAAUGGAAAUAACAUGAUUUAUAUGGAAGUUUCCAAUUAAUAUGUAGAUGUCUAAUCUGAAAAUGUAAAUGUGAAUGUGGAUUGGGCAUAUGAA